AUGGCGUUAAGCGACGCCGGGAGCGCCAGCGCCGCGGUGUCGACGGGCAACCGCGUGGCCCAGUUCAUCGUGAUCACGGCGGUCAUCAGCGUGCUGUACCAGCUCCUCACUCGGCCGGCGGUGGCGCCCUCUCCGUCUCCGUCGCCGGCUCCGUCGCCGCUGGGCUCGGGCUACCGCAAGGGCGAAGACUCGCGGCGCUUCACGUCGUCCGAGAUCACGGGCUUCCUGCUGUUCCUGGGGCUCUUCGGCCUGCUGCAGCACAAGAAGAAGCAGGACAAGAAGGCCGACGUCGAGGCCGAGCAGCGGCAGGUUGCCAGGAUGGUGCAGAGCCAGAGGAACAGCCUCAAGAGUGGGUCUCUGCUUCUGCGAACGGCUGGGAACUCGGUCACCAACUUGCCGCGCGACGUGCUGCACGAGCUGCUGCUGUUCCUGUCGCCCAGAGACCUGGCCACUUGCCCCAUGGUCUGCAGAGCCUGGGACCACAACGUCGGAGACGUCGCCGAGACGCUCUGGCGCCGCGUCUUCCAGCGAGACUUCUGUGAACCGGGCGGCAGGUUUGCCCAAGUGUUCCCAAUUGAGUGUUGGCGGCAGUUCUACUUCCGCCACCACUUGUCACGAGCUGUAGAGCUUGCCAGGUUGCUGGACAUCACGGACGGCCGCAAGUGCGUGGCGAUUGAGGGGCAAGUGUACGAUGUCACGGACUUCUUGGACUUGCAUCCGGGCGGUCAGCAUGUUAUCGGAGACGCCAUUGGUACGGACGCGACAGUGAUCUGGGACCAGUUCCGGCACUCAGAGGAGGCGAAAGAGAGCAUGCAGCAGUUCUUGGUGCACGACCAGGUACUCGCGAGGCCGAAGAGCGAGCGGUUGCACGGAAACCUUGAAGCGGUGGUCUCCCGCUGGCGGAAGAUUUCGUGGGGGCUGUCCCAGUCGCACUGCUUCGGAAGCAUGGCCCCACAGUUUGCCAACGCAGUGUUCCGUUUCCACUCACGAGGUGUCACAGGCAAGAGGACAGCGUGGGAGCAUGCUUGA